UAUAUAUGCCCACCACGAGCCACAUGGGCGAUUUCAGAACCGUUGCAAUUGAAAUCCGAAAACCAAUUUCUUCUAAAUCAAUUCUCGAAGAGCCGGAAAUUCAAAGAAGGAUAAGAAUACUCUCGAAUCAAUUCUCAAGGAGCCGGAAAUUCAAAGAAGAAUCAAAGCCGGAGAUUCACUCGAUUGAUUGCAGGAUUUUUUCGUUUGCUUUCUGGAAACAGAACAGCCCAUGGCAACCCCCGCUAGUCAACUGAUACAGGAUCAGAAUAUUAGCUUUGGCUGUGAUGGAACUGCCUUUGGGAUGAACACUAAUAAUGUCUCCAAGGCGCAAACCAAAGGAAGGCUUGGCACCAGAAGAGCGCUCAAUGAUAUAUCAAACUCUACAAAACCUACUGCUCUUCAGGCAUCCAAGAAAACCAACUCUUCAAAAAUUCCAAUUGGGGCUGAUGAUCUGAAUACAAAGUUCGGCACUGGGGGCAAAUUGAGUACUACCUCCCGGGCCAAGAAGCAAGUCGGUGGUAGGACAGCACUCGGAGACCUGACGAACUCGAGCAAGCUAUCUGUGCAUCAGCAGGUACCUAAAAAGGGUUAUCGAGAAAAAAUUAGUGUCGACCCUGUGGAGGAGGGAUAUCUGCACAAUCAUCAGGAGUGCAUCAAAGAACAAAGGAAGGUUAUGGGCAUGGAUUGUUUUCAUAAGGAAGUUGGACUUUCAAAUGUUUCAUCAAUGCCAUUGUUACUUACUCCGCGUGCUUAUCCUCCACCCUCACUGCAACCAAAGAAGUUGCGGACUCCAUUGAAGCUCAUAGAAAUUGAAGAGGUGGCAAUGUCACCAAUGUCGCUAAUGUCGUCCACUCCACGUGUGUGCAAGUUACCAAUGUCGCCAAUAUCAUCACCGUGUAUGAUCGACUGGAUCGGGGAGGACGUCAAUUUCACCAUCAAAUCCAACUACUGCUGAACUUUUGGGUGGUUAUCUCUGAAUUCUGAUUGGUAGGGUAGUAUGUUGGUGCUAAGAAAAGCACAUCUUAUUACAUUUUGCAUUUGCUUACUUUGUCACUUUCUCAAUGUUAUUAUGCUGCAGUCCAUUUAUCUUCAAAACUCCUUAUUUUAGAUUGGUGCAUCCGCUACUCUAUGAGCUUUUGUUAGAAAGGGUGUCUGUUAGAUA